AUGGAAACCCCUCUGGUAGCUGUAGUUACUGGUGCUAAUCGCGGUAUCGGACGCGCCAUAUGUGCUGCGCUGGCUCAGCAGUGUCGAGGUUCCUUGAUUCUGUAUGCAGCAUCGCGUGCUGGGGCAUCUCUCGAUCUGAACAGCCUGACUAUUCCUCCAACCGUGUUAAUUCGCCCUGCUCAGCUCUCCAUUACGGACCAGGCUAGUAUCUCCGCCCUCAGCGCGAGAAUCAAAGACGAAAACAAUGGCUGUGAUGUUCUGAUUAACAAUGCCGGGCUAUAUUACUUCCAGGAGAACAUCACAGCCGCCCAACGUCAGGAAACUCUCGAUGUGAACUAUCGUGGCACGCUCAAUGUUUGUCAAGCCUUCUUACCAAUCAUGCGUAAGGGUGGCCGCAUCGUUAAUGUCUCCUCCCAAUCCGGCCAGCUUAAAUACUUCCAUCCUCGCCUGCAAGCACGAUUUCUGAAUCCUGAUCUCAACCUCACUGAGUUGGAUAGUCUGAUUAAGGAAUACGUUCGCUCAGCUGAACAGCACACCGCGACCGCAUCGGGCUGGCCCCCUCUUGCUUACUUCACCAGCAAAGCCGCUCUCAAUUCGGUCACAAGGAUUUUGGCCCGCGAAAAUCCUCAUCUGGUGAUCAACUGUUGCUGCCCUGGAUGGGUGGGCACACCGCUGGGUGCACAGGCGGGCCAGCCACCUAAAUCUGUUGAACACGGAGCGAGAAUUCCGCUGCGACUGGCAAUUGGGGAAAUUGAAGAAAUUAGUGGCCGGUAUUGGGCGAAUGAUUCGGUGGCGAGCGCAGGCUCUGGAAAGGUUCAGGAUUGGUAG